AUGGAUUAUACGGACGAGUCCAGUGAAGAUAUACAUUCCCAAAGCGGGAGCUCUUCUGACGGGUCAGAGGAGCAGAGUGCGGAGUGCACGGAAGGGGAGGACGAAUCAGGGAAGGAGGAACCAGGGAAGAACGAGUCAGGGACGGAGUUGCGUGCGGCCGACAGGAAGAAAACGUACCGAUGCGCUAGCUGCGGAAGAGCCGUGGAGGAUGUCCUGAUUUUCUCGUGCAAACAUUUAAUCUGCCUAAUUUGCGCCAGCGAGCAGCUCCACAAAAAGUACGAGAAAUGCAUGAAGAUAUGUUCGGAGGAAGAAGAAAAGACGAAGACGUCUCGAAAUCACAAGAUAAGCGAAUGUUUUUUAAACCCCAAGGGAGUAGCCAACGCAAUAGAUAAUGACAAACUGAGUGAAUUAUUCAAAAAAGAGAAAAUAGGUUACAUCACAUGCUACAUAUGUGAUGUUAAGAAUAAACUUACCCUAGACACGAUUGAGUUGUUAACAAAGGUUGGGUUAUUUUCCCAUGACGUUUUGAAUGUCCACAAAUUUUUUUUCAAUUCGACCACAAAUGGGGAAUGUCCGAAUGGGAAAAUUAGUGAAGACCAUAUUAAAAAAAGGAGUGUCCAAUUUAACGAUACGCUAAACAGCGAUGUUGUUAAAAAUGAAAAUUUGAAAAAGCUUCUAGUCUCAAGUAGCAUGUACAGAUAUUUAGACGAGCAUACAGAUGAUAUGACUAAAUAUUCGUACAUAUGUAACGUCUGCUCGUUGAACGAAGCGGUGAUGUACUGCAAUGACUGUGUGGAGUACCUGUGCAAAGAGUGUUGCGGGAGCAUUCAUGAAGAGGAUAUUAUAAAUAAGGUAAAUUUUACGGAUAAGAAAAGCCACGAUUAUUACCAAAUUAAUAAGAAAGGGAUACAUCUUAAAAAAAUUGUAAAAUCGCCAAAAAAAUUCCUCAACAUAACGAAGGAAGACAUCGAAAUAUUACACGACUCGGAUGGAGAUAGCUCGCAAAAUAAAUUCCAAGACGAAAAUUUACGCGAAAAAAAAUUUGGAGAUAAUUACCCCAAGACGAUUUACAAAGUGUACGAUGAUGAUCACUCCGAUUUUGACAACUACGAUGAGAACCACUUUUAUGAGAGAAAGAAGAAGCUUAUUGAUAGGGAAGACACGAAGAAAAAGAGGAUCCACAUUUCGAAGAAGCUGGGUGAACUGGUGGAGCACAUGAAAAAUGGAAGCAGCUACGACAGUGAGAAUUCAUCCGCCAGGGGGACCACAGGGUCAGUCGGUCCCCCGGUAAGCGGCAAGCAUCGUUUGAACGCGAAAGGGAAAGCCAAACGCGGGAAGAAUCGCGCGUGCAACCCUGUACGGAGUAAGAAGAAGGACCAAACGGGGGAAGCUGCGGGAGGGGAAGGAGGAAUAUGCCUUCUGUCGAACAGCACCGCAUCCCAUGUUGAUGUCAGCUCCAGUGAGAGUUCCAUCUGCUCGGCCAACAAUUCCGAAAGGGAAAUAUGCAUAACAGAUAUAAGCAAGGGAGCACACAAAAUUGACAGCAAUGUUAUCCUGAACGAUGAAAGUGUAAACAGUAAAAAUUUCACAACGAUCGAGAAUAUCAGAUGCAGCCAGCAUUAUAAUUACCCCAUUCAAUAUUUCUGCCACACAUGUUGUAACAAAUGCUUCUGCUCCGAAUGUGCAAUUAACGGAGUACACACAAGUGACUGUAACAUUGAAAAUAUAAACACGGCAUUCAUAACGGUAUUAAAUAAUUACUUAAUAAAAUGGAACGAAAUUAUAAAUGAGCUUAUGAAUGACCUGAAUAGGAAUUUUUAUGAAUCUCUCGAAGAUAUCAAAAACGACUGGUCCCUUACCCUAAGCGAAUGCUACUACGAUUUGAACAGCAAAAUAGGCUACAUCAGUAAUAACCUCUCAAAGAAGGAGAAAGAAAUUUUCGAUCAAUUGGAUCUGUACAUGAAUACAUUUAAGAGGGAAAACAUAAACUACAUCGAGCUGCUAAACUGUAAAUAUGAUGAGAUUGAAAAAACGAUUAACAUCAUUAGGGAUAAUAAGUUUCAAAAUAACCCAAUCGAGAUGAUAAAAUUUUAUAGGGAGAAUAUUAACGCCAUUGAUAGGACCAUUUUGGUGAAUAAUGACUUUAAGCCUAUAGAGGAUUUGUCAAAAAUUCGGCAAAGCAAAAUAUUUUAUAUGGAUUUGUACGCCUCGCAGAUUGUCAGUUAUAUGCGGUAUUUGCAGGCCUUUCUGAAGCCGAGCGGCCCCGGCUUGCCGUCUCCCUAG